UUUCCCCUCCCACCUGCAGCUCAGCUGCUCUUCUGCAGUUUUUCUCACUAUAAAACCCAGGUUGACACUGGCUGUCAUUUUGUCCCCGCUUCUUUCUGUCCUGCUCUUUCUGUGCAUCGUCCGCUGGAACCCUGGCCGGACCGGACCGACUGGACUGAACCUGCAGUUUCAGGACUGGAAAAGGAACGACAUCGGUGAAAAUGUUCAAGCUGUUACCGGAGCUGGUGCUCCUGCUGGGAGUCGUCGGGUUUAGUUUUGGAGCAAUCCAGAGACCCGACUAUGACGACACUCCAAACCCUGAGUUCUUGAACCCUUCCUGGAUGGCCAGCAUCCCUGAUGAUCAGCCGCUGUCUGUUGUCACGAUGCCAGGAACGCACAACACCAUGUCUCUGUAUGGCGGCGUCUACGCAGAGUGUCAGACCUGGAGCCUGGCCUCCCAGCUCCGAGCCGGCAUCCGUUUUCUAGAUGUCCGCGUGCGUCACGUCAACGGGAAUCUCACCAUCCACCACGGAGUCUCCUACCAGUGGGCUCACUUUGGACAAGUAUUAGAGGGCGUGUUUGACUUCCUGCACGAAUACCCAAGUGAGACGGUGCUGAUGCGUGUGAAAGAGGAAUUCAGUGAGACAAAUAACAUCUACGGCGCUGUGGUCGACUUCAUCCAUCGCUACGGCCAUUGGGAACUGCUGUGGCACAGCCGCCUGGUGCCGACCAUGGCCGAGGCCCGAGGGAAGCUCAUCAUCCUGCAGGAUUUUACCGGCCCAGAUCUGGGAAUGCGCUACGGUUCCCUGGAUAUAGCUGAUGCCUGGAAGGUUCCCUCUCUGCUGAAUUUGGAGGAGAAGUGGCAGAGUGUCUACAAACACCUGGAGGCCGCACCGUCAGGAAAUAUGGCUCAGAUAUUUCUAACCUACUCCAGUGGAGCUGGUGUGUUCGCCCACCCCAGAGCUGUCGCAAAGGGAAUCAACCCACAGCUGUACGAGUACCUGCAGGCCAAGACCGACCAGAACCAGCGCCUUGGAAUCAUAUGCAUGGACUUCCCAGCUGCUCCUAUCAUCCAAACCAUCAUUAAUUUCCAACUGAGAGAGGUCGUGAAAACCAACAAAACAGAUGUGAAACGUGCAAUUUUUUAUUUCCGAUAUAUGGCCAAGCAUUUUGCAGCUAAUAACUGACCCAUACUGUUGUUGUAACUCAGAAGUUUGUAAAAAUUCAGUAGAUUUCUAACAGCAGCCCAGAGAAAUAUAUAAACUUUUAAACCAAACCUGUUUUCUACUCACUAGUCGUUACCUCAUCAUCAUUAAGAAAAUGACAGGUUAAAAAAAAGAAAUAUUUUCUUUAACUUUUGGGGGAAAAAUCCCAGUAAAUUUUAUUUUGAAUUUGAACACAAGCUUCACACAAAUAAAUGAAAUUGUUUAAGCUA